GAAUGGAAUAGAAUCAUCGCAAGAGAGAGAAAGAGGGAGGAGGACAGCACAAAUCAACCUGCCUCUUGACUUUAACAACAUAAAAUAGAGGAGCCAGUAGACACAGAGAUUGGGAAGUAUCUCCGUGUUGCGCUGCUUUAUUUUAUUUUUGGAGAGAGGAAGAGAAGAGCAGACAGGAGGAACUGAAGGCGGAGGAGGAGAAAGAGCCUCACUGUGGUGAGAGAUAGCAGAAAAAUGCUGUCAUGGGGAGAGAAGGGGAGGUUGUCAGCAGAGAGGAACAGGAUGGAACGAGGCAGGGUCGAGCAGAGCUGAAAUGUGGAGCUGGACAGAGGACAAGACCGAAAAGGAAGCUGCAGGCACUGAAGAGUGCAGAUGAAUGGACAUCAUGUUAGAGGGGCUGAUGCACACCGAACUUCUUUUGCACUGAGGACAGAGGCUCCAGUAAUGAUCCUCUUCUCCACUCUCCUCAGAAAGAGGCACCCUGUAACAGGAGUAGCACCUAAAUACACAUCUGCAUACCUGGAAGGACACCUGCAAUGAGAAUCAGCUUAAACGUUUGCCCCAGAUUUCUUCAUUUACACUUAGAACCUGUUGACUUGCAAAAACAAAUUGUGACACCACAGAGAAAUCUAUGAGAGCCCAAGGUUUGAGGAAGAUCAACCAUCUUAAUUGGUGUGAAUGAGGACUAUAUUUGUUGCUUUCAUUCCAAGGGGUUUUCAUCUUUAUACACAGCACUCCUGUCUCACACCAGCACCAUAGAGACCAGGACAGAAAUUUGACUGAGGGGGCACAAAGCUCUAGACCAAAGUGGAGAAAAGAUUGUUGGACUUGAGGCAGUCUCUCAGACACCAUGCAGUCAGAUGACCUUUUCAUACGCAAGUUUCGCCGUCAGAACAUGCGGCCGCCUAUUGCCACUGUCAACUUUGACCCCAAACGUGAAGCAGGUGUGGUGGAGUGGCCACCCAGGAGGGACGGUGAUGGAGCUGAUGGUGACAGCCUCACUCCAAGUCGUGUGGGGCUGAACCUGAGGUCGGUGGGUCGGGGCCACAUCAUGCAGAGAAGUAACAGUGAUGUGACCUUAGGAGACUUGGACCCUUCUGGGAAAACAGGGGGGAAAGCAGCUCGGGCAGUUGGUGAAAAGGUAGGUGCAGGAGCUCAGGGGGACUCGGGUGUGCUGCUACACAGGGAAUACGGCAGCCUGUCCUCACUGGAAAGACAGACGCAAGUCCAGGAACCAAGCACAGAUGACCAGGGGCCCCUAAGUCCAUGUGCCCUCCGCUUCAAAGACCCUUUCCUGCUUUUAGGACUGCAGGGCAACCCUCCAGAGCCUGAUGGUUUUUUUCGGGGCCUGUCUGUUUCCACAGGAGAAUCACCAAAACCUGCCAAGCCGCCAAAGCCUGAAGGUCUAAGUAAGAAGACCAAACCCCCUCAGAUCCCUCAGCUGGGUCCAAAUGACAACAUUGGCGGUGGGGCAUGGGUGAGAAACUUUGCGCACUAUGAUGUUCAGAGCAUUUUGUUUGACCUCACUGAGGCAGCCACUAACAGAGACAGCAUUGGGCGGAAAAAGAAUAUCACCUCAGGGGCUUCAGCUGCCUCCCAGCUGCGCCCUGUUUCCCAGGCCACCCCAUCCUCACCUGCGCAGGGUGGGGGAGGCGGCAUGGGGAUUGCAGAUGACCCUGAGCAGUCGCUGCUGUUGGACGAAGGGGAUGGCAAUGAUAAUGAGCUCCUGCUCAGUUGUCCUCACUUCCGUAAUGAGACGGGAGGAGAAGAGCAGGUGGGUCUGGGUCAAUCUCAGGGCAGGCGGGGACUCUGGUCGAGCCUGCGAACCCCCAACGAUGCUGUGUCAGUCCUGGAGGAGCCCAGAGAGAGUCACGUGCAACAGCAGGGCAAAAGCAACUACUUUAUAGAACAUGCAGAUCUUGGAGCCCAUUACUAUCGCAAAUAUUUCUACAUGAAAGAACACCAGAAUUUUUUUGGCAUGGAUGAUCGCCUUGGCCCAGUGGCCAUCAGUUUCCGUCGAGAGGAGAAAGAAGGAUCCAGUGGAGCUCAGUACAAUUACAGAAUCAUCUUCCGCACCACAGAGAUGAAGACGCUGCGAGGUUCCAUCUUUGAGGAGUCAGUGCCAUCUGCUGCUCGUCACACGACCCCCAGAGGCUUGUCUCCCAAGAGGCUGCUGGAGUUCAUCAUGCCUGAACUGAACCUGCACUGCCUUCGCUUGGCCUCAAACUCCCCUAAAGUCCGGGACACCCUGCUGAAGUUGGAUGAACAGGGGCUGAAUUUCCAGAGGAAGGUUGGGGUGAUGUAUUGCCGGGCCGGGCAGAGCUCAGAGGAAGACAUGUACAACAACGAGAGCUCUGGGCCAGCAUUUGAGGAGUUUCUGGAUCUGCUCGGGGAGCGGGUGCGGCUGAAGGGCUGGGAGAAAUACCGAGCUCAGCUGGACAACAGGACGGACUCAACUGGGACGCAUUCCCUCUACACCCGUUACCAGGACUACGAGAUUAUGUUUCACGUGUCCACUAUGCUACCCUACACAGCCAACAACACACAACAGCUGCUGAGGAAACGGCACAUCGGUAACGACAUCGUGACGAUCGUGUUCCAGGAGCCAGGCGCUCUGCCCUUCACUCCAAAGUCCAUUCGCUCCCAUUUCCAACAUGUCUUCAUCAUCGUUCAGGUUCAUGAGGCCUGCACUGACAACACCUAUUACAGGGUGGCUGUGACACGCUCUAAAGACAUGCCAUUAUUUGGCCCGCUGUUCCCUAAGGGUGCCCGAUUCCCUCGCUCACCUGCUUUCAGAGACUUCCUCCUGGCAAAGGCAGUAAAUGCAGAAAAUGCUGCUGAAAAGUCAGAAAAGUUCCGCUCCAUGGCCACUCGCACACGGCAGGAAUACCUGAAGGAUCUGGCUGAAAACUACGUGACCACGACACCCAUUGACUCCUCCACAAAGUUCCCCCUGCUCUCUCUAGGAGGUAAGCGCAAAGACAAGCUGAAAGGCGCCAAAGGGGCCGAGCUGCACAGCGCCGGGGCGCUGGUGUGGGCGGUGAUGGUCAGCAGCGAAGAGGAUGGGGAGGCAGUAGAGCACAAGCUCCAGUGUCUGCUUGGGGUGUCAGCCGAAUCAGUGGUGCUCAUUGAGAGGUGCACACGCAGGGUGGUGUUUAACUGCUCCUGUCGAGAUGUCAUCGGCUGGAAGGCGGUGAUUGAGACUAAGGAUGGGGGGCCCUGCCUGGAUAUCUUCUACGAGCGUGGGGAGUCUGUGUCAAUCAGUGUGAUGGAGAACCAGGGAGACGACAUACGAGAGGUGGUGCAGAGGCUUGAGCUGGUUACACGGGGAUGUGAGGCACUGGAGGUCACCCCCCUGCGUGAUGGAGUCGGGCAGCCCGGCUUCCUCAUGAACGAGGAGGGCUUUGUGACGGAGCUGCAGCGGUUCUGCUACGCUGAGAGCGGAGGCCUGCAGCUGUGGGCUCGUGUGGUGCGGCUAUGCGGACACUCGCUGGUUCACCUGAGCCCUGAGGAGAGGACCAGGCUGCUCCGCACUGCACACAAGAUCCACAUCACUGUCAUUCCACCGGAUGAGAACGGCAAACCUCGCAGAAGUUUCUCUGAGCUGUACCAGAAGGCCAUCAAGGAUGUAGAGUGUAAGCCUGGCGAAGAUCAGUCAGGAGAGGCCUGGGUGCUGGAUGAGAGAGAAGAAGAGGAGGAGGAAGAGGAGGAAGUGAAAGAAGAUAAGAUGAAGGCGGGUGGGGUCAAUGAAGCACACUUAAUGGAGGUGCAGGUGGAGGCUGAAGAGCAACUGUGUGAUGAAGGGCAAAAUGGAAGAAGCCACAGUUUGCUUCUCAUGCCACCGAGCCUACCUUUGUCACGAGCCACUUCGCUGCAAGACCAACCAGCCAAUCGGAGCCUGGAGGGCCGCGCUCUGCAGCUCACACGUAGCUACUCUUUGGAGAGACAGCCGUCUUACAGGGAGGCAUGUGAUGGGCAUGUGUAUGAAAAUGUGGAGCGCAAGGUGGAGCGCCACAUUUAUGAAAACGUCGGGGAGCUGAGAGAUGCCACACCUGACCUGAUCCUGGCUGUCAAACCCAAGGUUCCACUGGAGGAUGAACAGUUCAUGGGGGCAGAGUUUGGUGAUGACAAAGCUUCAGUGAGUGACUCCUCUCUCUCGUCUUCCCGGUUGUCAUGUGCAGACCGAGCUGAAAGAAAUUCAAGAGCCCUGAGUCUUCAUAACUCCAUCACCAAGAUUCUCUCAGAGACAACAGAUUCAACUGAGGAGGAGUGGCAGUCCAUCGCUGAUCUGGCCACAGCCUGCCGUAGCAUCCUGGAGGCUUUGUCACGAGAGGACCGAAAAGCUGGAGACCCCUCCCAAGGAGGAGCUGACCAGACUGACAGCAAGCUGAAAGAUUCAAAGGAGAGUGACUCUCCAGGCCACCUAGAGGAGAAGGUAUCGCAGCUGGAGGCCAUGCUGAAGAAGCUACAGGAUGACCUGCAAAAGGAGAAAGAGGACAAGGCGAUGCUGCAGGCCGAGGUGCAGAGCCUCAGGCAGAACAACCAGCGGUUGCAGGAGGAGUCGCAGAGCACAGUGGCCCGCCUCAUCAAAGUCACAGAGCUGCUGUGCAACGUCAACAAGCCCUGUUAACUUCACCACUGCACGCACAAACACACAAAUCAGCAGCAAGAUGCAAAUUGUACAGCGCUCUUUUACACUCAGCCCACUUAUUUGGUUCAAACAUCACAGCUGUGCUCUUCAGUCUGUGCAUUGCAACACUCUGUCCUGAAUCCUGGACCUGCCUGCUGGUGAGGGAGUAUGCAAAUCGACCGAUUUAACAAAAAAAAAAAAAAAAAAAGACAUUUUCAACAUCCUGUCACCUUCAUAGACUGAUCCUUGUGUAGCGCUCAGGCUGUUGUGCUGGUGUACUAUGCCAGAGUGCUUCUUUUGGUGUGUGUGUGUGUGUGUGUGUGUGUGUGUGUGUGUGUGUGUGUGUGUGUGUGUAUGUGACCCAGGAUGUGUCUGUAAGUGUGCAUCUUUUACUGUACCUUGCUUCAAAUACUUGACAAACUGGUUGUGAAUAGCACUUGCAUAAAAAGUGGCAAUUAAGACAGUGAGACAUUGAAACACUGGAUACCAUGUUUGGUGGUGUGCUAUACAAAAUGACCAACAAAGUGAGUGUGUGUGCGUGUGUGUGCGUGUGUGAACAGUAGUAUUGCUAUCUUCUCUGCCAGAUGUGUAGUUGCGACAUCUGAGAGUAACUCUGCCAGGCACUGCUAGUGUGGAAGGCCUCAAAAUAAAACAAGAAAGAAAAAGAAGAUGACAAUGACACACCUGAAAUGAUGCUAACUAACUCACCUCAGAGCAAGGUCUGUUACAUAAGGACAUCAUUGUCUGCCCUCUUCACUUCUCAGCAGUACUGUAUUUAAAAACCUCUGGAGUUAUUAGGCAGAGACAAUUAAACCCAUAAAUUAAGAGACAAAAUGGGGGGGGGCAACACUGAACUGAGCAUGCUUGUUCAUUCUCGAAGUGUGUAUGAAACUGGUAAUAAAGGGAUACCUCCCCUGAAGACACACACGAUGGCAGCAAGAACUGCUUCGACUUCCCUCUGCUACUGCCUGUAGCUGUUUUCUUCUAACCUCAAUAUUGUAGCAGCCAUACUGUAGAAGAUCUCCUCCUGCUGGCCUGAAACACAAAAUGCCAAAAGGCAGCUUUUCUUUCAGCUGGCAAAAUAGCUUUAGGUGUGUGAAAAAAACACCUUGAACUAAUAGUGAAAUACAGCAUAUUGUAUUUAAAUGUGUUUUCUGUUUGACAGAUGUCCUCAGUGACUAUUUUGAGUAAUUGAUUAGUAUGAUUUAUGAGCAGCAGUGGUAAGGACAGUAGGUGAAAUCUUACCAUUCCACCCUGAUGUGUGUCUGUGUGUUUCCAUGUCAUUUUUGCACUUUUUAUUUUUUGUAAAAUCGGCACUAGAGAGGGCACAUACUGUACUUUAUUUAGUCUGUCCAAGUUAUGUCUUGCUCAACAUAAAAAGAAGGUGGAUAAGAUCUCAUCCCCCCUGACACCACCUUACCUCACCUUUUUUUGUGUCCACUGCUGAUGGCGCCAUUAUCAAAUGAGUGUUCAGGAGUUGGACUGCUUCUCCUCAGUGCCAACAAAAAGCCCGGCAGCACCGAAAUCAACCAGAACUGACUCAACCACAAACUGAACUCACAACUGCAAACUCUGAACUCCAAAAGAAGGGAUGCCAAAUGUUGUCCGGUCACUCAUACUCUCUUGUUUCUUGUACAAACUUCCUCUUGUAAUUUUAUUUUAGAGUCACUGUGAAUACCUGGUACCAGCAUAUUAAGAUACAGUAUAUACAGAUUAAAUUAUGAAUCUAAACCUUAUCAGUAUGUGAAGAUACUGUAUGUACAGCUGAGCUGUUCAAUGUUACUUAGUGCAUUGGGGUUGUGUAUGCCAUCCUUUUGCAGGAUGAUUAUGCAGACAAGUGUUCAUCGUGGCCGUACAGGCUCCUGUUCCAUCUCCUGUACAUGCUGAAGCCUCUUGAUUGAACAGGGAGACACCGGUGUGAGAUGACCUCUUUUACUGUGUCCUGUACAGUUAUUUAGAUUGUAGGAGGUUGGUCAAGCAUGAGAAUGUGCCAAGCAACUUCCAAGCCCCCCCUCUGUAUCUGUGUAUGUAUAAAAAUGUAACUUAUUAAUCAUGCAAAUGUGGAUUUUCUUGUAGCUGUUAAAACUGGAGGAAAGUCAUAAGGAAAAAUGUGAAAUGGGGCAGCAAGGAAAGGCGGGCUUGGGAAUUUUUUUUUUUUUUUUU